AUGGGUACUUGCUAAGUUAAAUAUUGUAGAUGUACAUGUUAAUAAGGUAGAAUGGCUUGUUAAUGUGGUAGUGAAAAUACUUUAAUAUUGGAGGAAUAAUCAAGAGAAAUUAGAAGAAGAAUUACUUAAGAUUAAAUAGUAAAAAAUAAAAUGUCUAUAAUUAUAGAGGAGAUCUAAUCGUUUUGAAAAUAAUAAAAAUAGAGAUGUAUCUCCACCUUAAUCUAAUUCAAGUGGUUCUUUGAAUAAAACCAAAUUCUCAACUUAUCACAAAGUUUCAAACAUUUCUCCUAAUUCAAUAGAAAAAUACUUAAUGUCUUAAGAAUGUAAUAUCUCUACAGAACCUAGUUAUUAAAAAAAGAAUCAUAAAUAAAAAAUAAGAAAUCAAAAAUUUUAGAUCGGAUAUAUUUAUUUUACAAAAGAUAAUUAUGACUUAAAAUUCUAGGAUGUCACUGAAAAAUUACAUAAUAUUAAUCAUAAUAAAAUAGAAUCUCCUUGUUUCUAAAAUUCUAAAAAGAUAUAUGAAAAUAAAUAAAGUUUAGAAUAAAUUCAGUCAAUCAAAGAUCCUAAUAUCUCUAUGAAUACACCUACUAAUACUGCUAUGGAAAUUACAAAUAAUCAAACUAUUUCUAAUCCAUAAUUAAAUUAAUAACCUUCAAUCUCUAAAGAAAGUUCACCUACUAAAAUCUCUCAUCCUAUAACAUAAAUUAGUAUUGAGCCAAAUUCAAAUAAAUUAUCCUUAUCUGUAAUUACAGAUUAACAAUAAUUAUAAAAUAGAUCAAGAACUGCUGAUCUUUUUGAUGACUAAAAAAGUGUCACUCUUAGAAGUGUAUUAAAAAAUAAAUAAAAAAAUAAUGAUUCAUUCAGAACUUAAUAAUAAGAAUCUAGAAAAGUUAGAUUCGAUUUACCUAAUUCACAUUAUAUAAGAGAAAGAUAAAGAUAGUAACCUAAACUCUUUUAAUAAUAUUUUUAAUUUUAAUGA